GCGUCAGCAGGCACCAGAAAGCAACUUGAAACUCACGAACCAGAGGGACUGAAAAAGAGGCAAAGGAGCGCUUCUUCCCGCCACUCCCAGCCCCAGCCUCGGAGGAUGCGGCUCCUCGGGAAACUGCGCGCCUCGGCGGCGAGCAACGCGCCUCUGGAGCCUGCCUUCUCCAAUGUGCUCACCCCGAACCGCAUCCCCGAGUUCUUCAUCCCGCCGCGACUGCCCACCCCCUAUGCGCCCGAGUCUUCGGCCCCGGCCGCCGCGCUGCCCCGGAGGUGCGCUGCUGAGCCUGACCUUUGGCUUCGAGGAGCCGACGACGGCGCGGGGCGCACGGAUUGGGACCCGCGCUCACAGGCAGCACUCUCGCUGCCGCACCUGCCCCGGGCGCGCACUGCCUACGGCUUCUGCGCGCUGCUCGAGAGCCCGCACACUCGCCGCAAGGAGUCGCUCUUCCUCGGGGGCCCGGGCUCCGUCGCGCUCCCGCCCGCGCCCCGUCCCCGGGCCCACACCUACGGGGGCGGCGGCGGAGACGCUGCCCUCGCUCCCGGGGCGAGAUCCCCCAUUGCGACCCCCGCAGCCCGCGGUGGUCCCAGCCCGUCCCUGGACACGCUCGCCCCGCCGCCCCGCUCCCGCCGCCUCCUACGCGCCCCGGAAGGGCUGCUGCGCCGAGCAUUGCGGGCCGGGAGGAGCCGAGGCCUGACCCGCGCCCGCUCCGUCUCCAGCGGGGACGGGGAAGAUGAGGACGAGGACGAAUGCCGCGCCAGCCCCGGGUCCCCGACGCAGGCCUCAGUCACAUCCCUUUCGCCGCAUCGCGACCCGCGUCCCGAGCGCCUGGAGGCCGAGGGCACCGUAACUCUGGGCCGCGCCGGGGGCGCCCUGCGCCUGGCCGCCGAAUACAAUCGGGCCAGCGGGCGCCUCCGUGUCCGGCUGCUCCGUGCCGAGGGCCCGGCCGGAGGAGCCGCCGAGCCCCGCGCCCCCGUCGGCUGCAGAGUCAGCUUCAUCCUGAAGCCGCGGGGCGCCGUGGUCCGGCGGAGCCGCAGGGCCGUCUUGGAGCAGGACUUGUGCUUGGACGGGCUCUCGGAGGACGAGGUGCGCCGCCUGGCCGUGCGCGUCAAGGCGGAGAACCGGGGCCGCGGGCUGGAGCGGGGCCGCCUGCUGGGCCAGGGCGAACUGCUGCUGGGCCCCCUCCUGCUCCUCUGA